AAGCAGGAGAACCUGCCACCAGAAUUGAUUGCUACGGAACGUCACUCAAACCGCCCCGUUUCAUGCGGACGGUGACGGGCGGCCGCCAUCUUAGGAAAGUCUGGCGCGCGAGAUUGCUGGGGCUUCGUCGCAGCAGCUUUGGAAGAAUGCCUCCCAAGGGGCGGAAAAGGAAGGCAGCGAUCCCUCAAGCAGAAGCCACAGCAUCCAGUGGAGAGGGAGCCAAUGAUGUGAAGAAAUUGCCCAAGAUUCGGAAGAAUGAAGGACCUGGAGACCUUCAUGUGACGAUUGAGCACUGUAAAAGCUGACGAGUCUUUGGACGUAGAGCUGAGGCUGUCAGCCAAGAGCUGGGCCUGGCCUUUCCUGACAUCCUUGUGGAGGUCAACCUUGAAAAGCCCCGGAGAAAUAGCUUUGAAGUGGUUCUCUUGAAAAAAGAUGGCACCAAGAUAGAGUUAUGGAGUGGUCUUAAAAAGGGGCCACCCCGCAAACUGAAAUUCCCAGAACCCAGCAACAUCGUUGAAAUGGUGAAGUGCAACUUAAACUAAAGUCAACAGUGAUGGAAUAGGAGCGAAGUCCUCUACGACUGUCCGUUUGUCCUGUGAGCUGGAGCAUUUAUGAUGAGAUAUGAUGAAGUGGGGUAAACUCUGGUCAUAUCUCUGAAGCUGCUGCUCCUUCUUUGCAAGGAAGAAUGGACCAGAUGUCAUCCUUUCCUGACCCACCAUCUUUUCAAAUGUUUGUUACUCCUGGGAACAUUUUGGGGAAGAACUUUAUUUUCAAUAAAGCUUAACCGCCUUCCUCUAUUUCUCGUUCAGUUCUGUCCUGUGAAAUAAAGGUGUCAUGAGAUUCUGUCAUGGCAUAGUUUAGAUUGAUCCAGUUUUGUGAAUUAAAGUUGCACAUCUGUAUUCACAUGCCAUUUCACCUGCUGAAGUGUUACUGUAACUUGCCCUCCCAAGCAUAUGCAUGACUUCUGAAAACGUAUUUUUCUUUUACUAUUGUACUUGUAUCCCUAUGCUACCAUGCUAAUUUUUAUCCUCUAUUUUUUCCUCCAAUAAAAACCUAAAUAUAUG